AUGGACAAGGACAGAGACAACCUUUGGUCCCGUCGUACAAAUGUUGGCAAACUUUCCCUGUCCAUGGACAAGUCAGAUCGUCAAGAAGGACACACGUCAAAACGCUUCGGUAGCACAUCUUCGCACGGCCGCAACAACCCCUUCAAUGCUGUCACACCCUUGAACACCAGUGGGAUCUCCUCUCCUACUACAGGCGCUUCUGGGGCUUUCGGCCUGGGCUCAGGCGCCUUUGCUUCGUUUGGCUCUGCGACAAAGACUCCCAAAACACCUGGCACGGCCUUUGACUUUGCCAAAGCUGUCGCUGGCACCCCCUCAGGCGUCAACUCGGCUGAGAAAAAGGAUGGCGAUGACAAGAAAAGCUUUGCUAGAAAGGUUGCGCCUGUCACGACACCUCGUCCUACAACUUCACAAUCAAUAGAGCCGGCAGCGAGCGGCAAUGACAGCCCUUGGCCGCUCAAGUACACAUGGGUCAUCUGGUACAGGCCCCCCACGUCCAAGAACUCGGACUACGAGAAAUCCACCAGGCCUAUGUGCAAGAUUUCGACAGCACAACAGUUCUGGCAGGUGUACUCGCACCUUAAACACCCUUCUGGCCUCCCCACCGUGUCAGACUACCACUUCUUCCGUGACGGAAUCAGACCUGUAUGGGAAGAUGAGGAAAACAAGAAGGGUGGAAAGUGGAUUCUGCGACUAAAGAAGGGGGUUGCAGACCGCUACUGGGAGGAUCUGCUGAUGGCCAUGAUUGGAGAUCAGUUCGCCGAGGCGGGUGAGGAGGUUUGUGGAGCGGUUGUCAGUGUGCGUAGUGGCGAAGAUGUUUUCAGCAUCUGGACCAAGAACGACGGCGGCAGGAACGUCAAGAUUCGGGAAACCAUCAAGCGCGUCCUGUCUCUGCCGGCGGACACCAACAUGGUUUGGAAAAGCCAUGACGACAGCAUCACUCAACGCAGCGCGAUUGACCAGGCUCGUCAGGAAAAGACGGGCCAUCACGGCGAGAGACGCCGCAACCAAAACCAGAGCUCGACGGGCAACGGCAGCGGCGAGGAAAAGGUUGCAGUGUGA